UGGCAAAGGAGAAAUGCUCACUAACAGGGAUGUAAAACACAUUUUUGCGUAACAUUUGAGAGAAGUAAGGUUUUUGUGCGUUUGGAACAUUUCUGGGAUAAUUUAUUUCAGGUCAUGAAACAUGGGACCAACCCUUUACAUGUUGUGUUUUAUAGUUUUGUUCAGUGUAGUUAAGUUUUAUACAAAUACAAUUGGGGACAGUAAACAAGUUGACAAGCUAGACUUUUAUUAGCUAUGUUUUGAUAAUAAGAAGUUUUAUGGGAACUGGGUUGGGUGGAAACUGGGUUGCCCUGCCAGUUUAACUACCAUCAUAGGAAACAUAUUUUGUCUGUCCAAAGCAUGUACAGAACAGAGGGUGUGGUAAACUAGUGCUCCCACUACAAGUUCAGUGGCAUGAUCUUGCCUCACUGCAUUUUGUGUGCAGAAGUUAGAAUUGUAUAAUCUUACUAAAAUGGGAGUGUUUCUCUCUGUGGAUCUGCUCUGCAACAUGAAUACAGGCUAGAGCAGAAAUGUGGGUGAAAUUGGAGGAUCAAGAGUGGAGGGGAAAUCAGUGAAGUGGCAGACAAUGCUAGUGUAAACAAAUCAUGUUCUGUCAAGUUUUUUUUUUCAAUCUUGGUCCUAUGUAUUUGGCCCUUAGAUUUGUCCCCAAAGGGAAAUGGGCCAUAGAGCUUUCCACUCUUAUCGUAACAGAUUUCAGGAAGAAAUUUGAUAUGUAAAACACAUCAACUUUGACUCACUCCUAUUUUGGAAUGCAUCUUUGUCCACUUAUCAUACUUGAUUUACAAAUAUCAGUGGGAAAACACAGGUUGUAGGCUAAACAAUGUAGCUUGCUAAUGGGCCAGUUUGUUUAGCAUGGCCCAGUGACCCAGUUGGGUGGAGAUUUCACUUAAGGCCAAUGGAAUGGUCUAAAAUGUGCAAACUCCGCCCACCCGGUGCACCAGGCCAUGCAAAACAAACACGCCCCGUGAGUAAAGCCUAAGUAGCUGACGUAAAUAAACAUCUGAAUAGAAAUAAGCCUACUUACAUGUCUGCUCCACCCUCCAACUAUAAAAUACAGCCUACUCUAGAUAGUAUUUUAUUAAGCACAAUAACAUUUCAAUGGGUAGGCCUACAGAUCCGAAUGCACAAUAAACGUGGAUGAAAUGAUGAAUCUGGGAUAUAAAAUCAUGUUCUUUUUAUCAAUUGCCAUACAUGCCUCGGCUGAAGUUCCAUCGAAAUGUGGUACGCCGCCGUCCUUUCCACACAUGCAAGUCAGGGCCAAAUACCUGAGACAGAAAAACAUAUUCAGCGAAGGAGCUAAAGUCCUCUACAGAUGUGUUGAGGGCUACACUCAGUACAAAGGCAUUCGUUCUAUCAUGUGUGAAGCUGGAAAAUGGACAGUGUUAUCCAUGAAGUGUGAAAAGAAAACGUGUGGAUCUGCUGGGGAGUUGUUCAAUGGACACUAUGAUUACACAGGGGCUUCGCUCAGGGACAAGGCAUAUGCAGUGUGCAAUGAGGGGUUUACACUGAAGGGGAUGGAAUACAGAAUGUGUAAAGAGUCUGGCUGGAGUGGAGAGAUUCCCACUUGUGAAGGAGGUAAACCACAAGUGGUUCCAGCAGAAGUGAUCUGCCCUGAUCCUUCUGUGGCCAACGGUGUGAAGCUGAGUGAGGCUGACUCAGUGUACAGGGUUGGAGACUCAGUGACCUUCACCUGCUCUGAGGGUUUCCUCCUGACUGGAGCCCAGCAGCUUACCUGUGGACCAGAUGGCCAGUGGCAGCCCCAGCUCCCACUCUGUCAUUCCUCUGAUAUAACUCAAAGCUCCAAGCCUGAUGGCAGAUGUAGAGUGCCACCAUACCUCCCCAACGCACACCUUUCUGACCGUUAUAUAACACAGACAGACUUUGGUCCUGGUGAACGGGUCCGUUACAGUUGUGCCUUGGGAUACGUGAGAGCAGGAGGCGCUUACUAUAGUACCUGUGUCAGUGGGAAGUGGACGCCAGUAACUCUGAGAUGUGAACGCAAAUCAUGUGGAUCUGCUGGAGAGAUCUUUUUUGGUGAUUUCAUUUAUACCGGUGUACAGUUUGGGGAUACAGCUACAGGGGUUUGUAAUGAGGGGUAUCAACUGGUUGGACAGGAUGUAAGAAAUUGCAUGAAUGAUGGCUGGGAUGGGCGUGUUCCGGUCUGUGAAGCUGUGCAGUGUGCUGAACCUCCUACGGUGGUAAAUGGAGUAACAAAUGGCUAUUUGGAACCACCUUACUUGUACAGCACUGUGAUUGGCUAUCGAUGUCGCAUAGGGAAACUGAUUGGAGCGAGAGAGAUCUACUGUACCAAAGAUGGGACAUGGAGUGAUCCACCUCCAGAGUGCAAAGGGGCAUGGUGAUGGAUGGACCAGGCACCAUCACAUGUGGCCUGGAAAGGAAAUGGACUCCUGCCCUUACCACAUGAAAAUACCGGAAGAAAGGAAAGUCAGCUACAAUUGAUCAUUAUCCUGAAUGGCACCAACUCAACAACUUUACCAUAAUAACUUUUUACAUAAUAAUUCAACUCAAUCUAUUUUAUCUAGUGGUGUAAAGUACUUAAGUAAAAAUACUUUAAAGUUCUACUUAAGUUGUUUUUUGGGGUAUCUGUACUUUACUUUUUAUAUUUUUGACAACUAUUAUUUCACUACAUUCCUAAAGCAAAUGAUGUACUUUUUUACUUCAUACAUUUUCCCUGAACCUGAAAAGUACUAAUUACAUUUAGAAUUCUUAGCACGACAGGAAAAUGGUCUAAUUCACAACCUUUUCAAGAGAACAUCCCUCGUCAUCCCUACUGCCUCUGAUCUGGCGGACUCACUAAACACAUACUUUGUUUGUAAAUGGUGUCUGAGUGUGUACCUGGCUAUCCAUAAAAAAAAAAAUUUAAACA